GAGAUUCCUAAACAGUCCAACUCCCCACUGCCUGAGCCUACCCUUGAGGCCCGUCACCACCCCCUCCCAUGCUCCCACUCCCCACCUCGCCCAGCACUUCCUGUAACCUCCACCUUCCUCCAUGACGCACCUCUGCUUACCCAGGCCCGAAGCUGCUGUUUCUCCUACCCCAGUCCCUCCCAGGGGCAUGGGUGCUGGGGAGGGAUCGGCUAGUCCAGUAGGUCCAUGUGUGUCCCCCUGGGGCCCUAGCUGGGCCCAGGUCCUGGACAGUGUCCUAGGACUGGGGGCACUCGGGCUGACAAUUCGGGCCGUCUUUUCCACAACUGGUCCAGCCUUGCUGCUGCUACUGGUCAGCUUCCUGGCCUUCGACAUGCUCCGCCGGCCUGCAGGUCCCACCUGGUCACAGCACACACAUCUCACAGGGGGCCAGAGUCAGGGGGCUGGCGAGGGUCCAGGGCAGCAGGACGCUCCACCCGCGGUGGCAGUCUCAGGACGACUCAGCCUCCAGGAGGCUCUGCUGCUGCUGCUCCUGGGCACGGGGUUGCUCCUGGGAGCCCGCGGUGUGCCCCUGGCCCUGCUUGCCCUUGCUUUUUGCCUCCAUCCUUGGACCUGA